UCCGAGUCUCUCGCUUAUUGUCUGCGCGAGUCGGUUCGGUGUAUUUCCUCAGCUUGGUGUAUGAACUGAGGGUUUAGGGGAUUUACUUCGUCGAAAUCCGUCAAGGAGGUCGACAAAGAGACCACUUGGUCGGUUGUAUAGCAGAAUAUCUGACAAUCGCCUAGGUUUCUGGUGUUAUUUCUUUGUAAAUACUGUUAUUUGUAUAUACUGUAAAUGAUGACAUCGGUGGGUGGAAAUCGAGCCCGGGGCAGCUGGGAGCAGACACAGGGCCAGACACAGAGUCACACACAGCAGAAGCAGAGGCCUCAGGCCACCGCUGAGCAGAUCCGACUCGCGCAGAUGAUUUCGGACCACAAUGAUGCUGACUUUGAAGAGAAGGUCAAGCAGCUGAUUGACAUCACAGGCAAGGACCAGGAUGAGUCUAUGAUUGCUCUGCACGACUGUAAUGGGGAUGUGAACAGAGCCAUCAACGUGCUGCUGGAGGGCAGCCCAGACACUGACUCCUGGGAGAUGGUGGGGAAGAAGAAAGGUGUGUCGGGCCCCAAAGAGUCUGGUCAGGCGGAGGUGGGGGAAGAGGGCAAGGAGAACCGGGAGAGAGGAGGAGAAAGGGAUGUGGCCCGUCGUCGAGGUGGGGUCCCGCGUCGCGGCCGUGGAGCCAGCAGGGGCCGAGAGUUCCGUGGUCAGGAAAAUGGACUUGAUGGAAGCAAGGCUGCUGGGAUUGCGGGCCGGGGCACAGAGAGAGGCCGCAGGGGAAGAGGCAGAGGAAGAGGAGGUGCUGGAAGGCGAGGGGGCAGGUUCUCAGCGCAGGGCAUGGGCCAGAUUGAUAAGGGGCCCAGAUAUGAUUUUUCAGGAGACGAGAGAACGUUCAACCCCGCAGACUACGCCGAGCCGGCCCAGACGGAAGACGGCUACGGAGGGGGAAGCACCUGGAACAACACGGGCAGCGUCGAGCCAGAUGAAGGAGCCGGGCUGGAGUAUUCUUCUGCGGGUGAGGGAACAAAUUACCAGCCCAAGUUUGAAUCGGCUCCGGGUGCCUGGAGGUCGGCCACAGACGAGUGGGGCACCGAGGACUGGAACGAGGACCUGUCAGAGACCAAGAUAUUCACAGCCUCCAGUGUAGCAUCCAUGCCCCUCCCCCAGGAGAACGUCACCAUCACUGCUGGACAAAGGAUCGACCUGGCGGUGCUGCUGGGGAAGACUCCCCCGUCCUCUUCCUCUGAGGCCGAGAACCCCCCGCUGGAGGCUGCCCAGCCUCCCCCCCUCUCCCAGUCUCUGGUCUUCAGCAACUCCAAACAGGGGGGCUCUCUGUCGCAGCCCCCCUCCGGCACUCCUUACAGCCAGCACAGCAUGGUCAGCAUGCUGAGCAAGGGCUACGGGGAGGUGGGGGACCCUAAAGGGGGCUGUACAGGGACCACCAGCGGCUCCCAGUUCCUGGAGCAGUUCAAGACUGCCCAGGCUCUGGCCCAGCUGGCCGCCCAGCACUCCCAGGCUGGAGCCCCCAACACGACCACCUCCUCCUGGGACACCAGCCCUGCCGCGCUGGGGCAGUAUGAUUUAAAGGCCCAGGCUGAGCCUGUAGUCCACGCCCCCUUCACCAAGCGCCAGCCCUACCAGCCCACCACAUCCACCCCCUCCAUGAUAGAUGCCUUCCUGCAGAACAAAGACGUGCCCCCUUCUUCCUCCUCCUCCGCGUCCCUGUCUCAUCAGACCGCGCCCUCGUCCCACAUGGCGCCGGCCUCCUCCGCCGGCCUCCCCAAGAUGGCGCCCGUUCCCUCGCUCGGCCAGCAGGUGUCGCCCGGCUCGUCCGACGCCCAGGGCUCCAGCCCGCUGCCUCUGCAGCAGCACAAACUCAAACAGCAGAAGAAGAGGACCUCCAUCACCUCCAAGAUCCCUGCUCUGGCGGUUGAGAUGCCCGGCUCUGCAGACAUCUCGGGCCUCAACCUGCAGUUCGGCGCUCUGCAGUUCGGCGCUGAACCAGCGCUGCCCGAGUACGACGCUCCGCCCGUCACCACCUCCGCGCCCGGCAACCAGGUUCCAAACAGUCUGUACACUAGCCCCAACAGCGAGUCGACGGCUGCUCUCUCCAACCCUGGUCAGAUAGACAUGUACGACCAGAGAGCCCAGGCUCAAGCACGCCGCUACCCCCCCCCCACCUCCUCCUCCCCACAGAAGGACCUGCAGGCCAAGAACGGAUUCAGUUCUAUCCAGAUGACGCAGUCUGUGGAAGCUGCAGCAGGCUCUGCAGUGUCAGUGAAGUCGGCCUCUGAUUCGACCGUGCCAGCGUCAGUCUCCAGCAUGAACGACGGAGGCUCAGGACCCGCCUCUCUGCUGAGCACAUCCAAUCAGACGUCCCUCAGUGUUCUGGGGCACAACGAAGACCUGCCUCCGAGCUCCAUGCCUCCGCCUCAGCACAGCAAUUCUCUACCUACACAACAAAAUAGUAUUUCUCAGUCAUCAGGGCGCACAUCAAAUUCUAGUUUACUGCACCAGGGCGUCGACGGCGACUCCAGCCUGCACUCGUCCUCCUUCCCCUCGUCCGUGUCGGCGGUGGCCUCCUCCUCCAUCCCCCCCCUCUCCUCCUGCUCCUCGGUGACGGCGGCGGUGGCGCAUGUGUCCCUGGGCGGGGCGCCUGCCUCCUCCGUGUGCAGCGUGUCGUCGCCCUCGGGCAUGGGGCCCGUCAGUAACCUGGCCAUGGGCCUCAGCGCGCCCUCCAUCGCCUCCAUGGGCCCCACCGCCGCCUCCACGGCCUCCUCCGUCCCCUCCUCGCGCGGCUCCGCUGUCUCCUCAGGGAAAGCACCUCCAAACCUGCCCCCUGGAGUGCCCCCUCUGCUGCCCAACCCUUACAUCAUGGCCCCGGGACUGCUGCAUGCCUACCCUCCUCAGAUGUAUGGCUAUGAUGACCUGCAGAUGCUGCAGACCAGAAUACCACUGGAUUACUACAGCAUCCCGUUUGCUACCAACCCAACAGCACUGACUGGUAGAGAGGGCAGCUUGACCAGCAACCCUUACUCCGGCGACUUAUCGAAGUUUGGCCGCGGCGACGCGUCCUCCCCGUCCCCCUCCACCACGCUGGCCCAGACGCAGCAGAACCAGAGCCAGAGCCACCACAGCGCCCAGCAGCCCUUCCUCAACCCGGCGCUGCCCCCCGGCUACAGCUACACCAGCCUGCCCUACUACACCGGUGUGCCCGGGCUGCCCAACACCUUCCAAUACGGCCCUGCCAUGUUCCCAGUGGCUCCUACCUCAUCCAAGCAGCACGGUGUGAACGUCGGCGCCUCGGCUACGCCGUUUCAGCAGAACGCCGGCUACGGUUCCCACGGAUACAGCACCGGCUAUGAGGAUAUGGGCCAGGCUUCGGGGAGUGGGGAUUUCUGUAAGGGUGGAUACGGCACUGCCGUGGCCGCCGCCGCUUCCGCGCAAAACAAGCCAGCCAGCUCUGUCACCGGGCCAGGAGUCGGAGUUUCAGUGACAUCCAGCAACACGGGAGUACCAGACAUUUCAGGGUCCGUUUACACAAAGACACAGUCGUUUGAGAAGCAGGGUUUCCACGCUGGCACGCCAACCGCUUCCUUCAGCCUGCCCUCGGCCCUGGGCAGCGGGGGGCCCAUCAACCCCCCCGCCGGGGCUGGCUACGCCCCGGCACCCUUCAUGCACAUUCUAGCUCCGCACCAGCAGCCCCACUCCCAGAUUCUGCACCACCACCUGCAGCAGGAUGGACAGAGUGGCACUGGACAGCGCAGCCAGAACGCAUCCAUUCAACAGAAGUCCCAGAUCAACAAGACUGCCUAUGGCAGCUACAACUGGGGAGCCAACUAACACGCAUCAUCCCAGCUCUGUGUCCCGAAGUCUGAUCGGAAAAGAGGGGGUCCUUCCUUUCCUUUGUGUGGUCUCCACAUAACCCCUCUUUCUCCCACUAAAAUCCCAUCCCCUGCUCUCUGGGCUCAGCAUACCUGCAGUACCAACCACCUCCACUGUGUCGAUAAGGAGCUCUGUAAAGCAGUGAUGGGGUUAGGGUAAGGGACAGUCUUAAUGGAGAGGUCUGCAGCAAAAUGGUUAUAUUUAACCAUCAAGAUGAUGAUUAUGAUUGAGUGUUUGGAAUUUGUACCGUGGUCAGCUCCUCUUCCCCCCCCCCCCCCCUCCCUUUCUCUGUUGUAUGUAACAUAGAGCUGUUUUCUAAAGGAAUAUGUAUUUGGUUGGUCCUUUCUGUUCCUUUCCUUAGAUUUUUUUACUGAUGGACAGGAAGGAAGGUGGGGGACAGGCUUGUUUUCUUUUUCUGAACCCCCCCCCCUCCCCCCAGACAUCUCAUUUGUAUCACCCUAACCGAAUACUCCAAAUAAUUUCAGUUCCCUGUUGAGUUUUUACAAUAUUUUAGUUCCAUGGAAGAUUUCUCUAAAUUGGCAGAAGAGUUGUGAAGUUUAUUUUUUACCAAAUAUAUAUAUAUAUAUAAAGAUGUAUAAUGCGAGCGCACUAGCUUGACAUAUGUGCAGAGUGUGUGUUUUUGUGUGUGAGUGCGUGUGUAUGUAUAUACUAGGAGGCCUUGGGUGUGUACUGCUUCUCUUGUUACUGCCAAACAGAUCAGUCAGGUACAUGCCCCUCAGUUAUCUCAUCUUAUGUCAUAGUAGUUCCCAUUUCUGAAGUUAAGUUACAUGUUAUGCAGUAAAUCGUCACAGUAAAUGGCAUGACAUGAAAGGCCAAUACACACCCGUCACCUUCCUCCCUGUUGAAGUUCAAGUUAAUUUUCUAAGCCCCCCCCCCCCUCCCCCCGAACACACUUCACCCUGUGGUCACCUGUCCCCCAUUAUAUUGUAAGCAGCAUUGAAUACCGAGGGAAAGAAUUGUACCAUGGGUUUUUGUCAGUGAUUUUUCUUUUUUGUACUGUGCGUUUUAAAGAGAAUUUAAAUGGAUAAACUUGUCUUGUACAUAUAUAAAAUACACAAGUACUGUAGUCCUUGUUUGUUCAGUUGCUUUCCCCUACCCCUUUCUCAAAACCUCACAGACUUGUUAGCAUUUUUUGUUUCAUGUUUUUUAUUUUGUAAAAAUAUAAAUAUUAAGGAAAUAAAAAGGAAAAAGACAUUUUCAUCAUUUUGGAUGUGAAUGUCUUUUUUUAAGAAACUUUA